AUGCCUCUUUUUGAAACUAUACCAAUUGAUGUUGAACAAGUUCGUCAACUUGCUCGUGAUCAUUGGAAUGUGGAAUUAGGUGAAUGUGUCAAAACUUCACAAAAUCAUACAUUUCUCGUCAAUAAUGGUAUCGGUGAACGUUUCGUUCUACGGGUGGCACCGGAUCCAAACGAUAAACGAUCCGAAAGCAUCGAAUUAGAAGUGGCUCUAUUAGAAUAUUUGUACGAACAUAAACUUCCUGUAUGUCGAGCAAUUCAGAGCUCAAUCACUUCUUCUGCCAUAGUUCGUAGCGAUGGUUCCUUGAUUCUUUGUCUCUUUAGAUUUGCUACUGGAGAACCUAUCGUUUAUACAGAUUGGACAUGGAUAACAAAUCGAGAGAUUGUCAUCGGUCUUGGCCGAUGGUUUGCUCGUCUUCAUCAACUUACACGUCGCUUUGUUCAAGAACAACCAGUACUUGCUGCUCGUGCCCGCUAUUGGACUACGAUUCAUGAUGGAAUACUAGCCAGUGUAGAAGUUGACGAACAUGACAAGAAACUGAUAUCAGAUCCAGCAUAUUUUGGAAUUAUUCAUGGUGAUGUCAUUGCAAGUAAUUAUUAUUGGGAUUCGACUAUGAAAUUGCCAUGCGUGUAUGAUUGGGAUGAACUACAACAAUCGUGGUUUCUUUACGAUUUAUCGGCACCUAUUUGGGGUGUCAUUAUACUGGAAAAAGCCGGUUCACCUAUUGAUCAAUCCGUGGUACCGCAGGCUAAUUCAGAACUUUAUACAACAUGGUUAAUCGACGGGUAUCAAUCAGAUGGAGACAAGUCCAUUGUUGAUCGUGCAGCUCUUCAACGAAUGAUUACAAUACGUCGAGAACUUUACAAACGAUUUUGUCGACAAGCUUUAGCGGAAUUAUCAAUCGAACAUCCAGUAGCACAAUUUUGUAAAUUUAUGGCUGAUUUUUUUGAUAAUGAAGAAAAAUAA